AACUUCCUAUAUUAACAUACUAAUCCUCCAUUAAUCACAUUUUCUUUAAGUUAAUCCCCUCGUCAAAACUGUGGAUAACACAUCCCCACUUCAAACUUCAUGACCACCAUGGCCUGAGCUCCACCUCCCAUCCACAAACUCAACAACAAUGGCCACUUCUUUCAUAACUCCAUUCUUCCCCACUUUCAGAACAUCACUAAUUCCUCUUCCUUCAUUUCCAGUCAAGCCCAUUCCCCCUAUCCGAACCCCUUUCCGGCCUCUCGCUUCCUCUGCGUCGCCGCAAUCACCCGCCAAACCCCUAAAAAUCCCUCACCCGUCGGAUUUCAAGACAAUCGAAGCAACCCCAAGUGGGAAAUCAAGGUUCCUGAUCAUCGGAGCCGUCUCGGUGGGCGUUGCCCUGUUUCUGAUUGGUUGCGACAGCGAAAGGGCUUUGGCUUUGGGCCCUGAAGGCCCUUUGGUGGAGGAAUUUUGGGACAAUGUUAGAAGAUAUGCAAUUUACGCCCUUACUGUGAGUACUGGUGCUAUUUAUACUAUUCUUCUCCCUAUUUUGGAACUGCUGAAGAACCCCAUUACUGCUGUUCUUGUUUUGGUUAUUUUUGGGGGUGCCAUUUUCAUUAUCUCUCAAGUGCUUUCUGCUAUGGUUGGUGUCACUGAAUUUUCUUAUGAUUAUUCUUAUUGACCCAUCAAAUGAAGUUCAAUCUUGUUUUCUUGCCA